GGCUGUGCCACUGACAUGACCCUGGCCUUGACCUUGACGAUGGAAGAGCCAGUGGGAGCCAGUAAUAGGCAGGACCCAGGGACUGGGAACAGGAGGGUUGAAUCUUCAGAGGAAGGAGGGAGUAGUGAAGCACCUCCUGCUUCUCUCUUCUUUGAAAUUUCAGACGAGGGUGCUGAGCAGGCAGAGAAGUGGAACUCGGAGUCUGACACAGAUCUGUGCAGACCGGACAGGCACAGGGGAAGGUACACACGGCUCGGUCACAGUGAGAGCCAAUCAGAAAGGCACGUCAAGGAGACCAAGUCUAAAUGUAAACGAAUUGCUCGGCUUCUAACUGAUGCACCCAAUCCCCAAAAUAAAGGAGCCUUGCUGUUUAAAAAACGCCGCCAGAGGGUCAAGAAGUAUACACUUGUGAGUUACGGGACUGGUGAUAAGCUUGACAGUGAAGACCAAAUAGAAGAGGAAACCGAAGAAGUCAGUUCAGCUGGGUAUAAUUUUGUGGCAACAAGUGAUUCUGAGUUAGAGGAGGAGUAUUCUCUUUAUCACCAGCAUCAUAAUUUUAGCCUGAAUUGGGGAAGUGUUCGAGAAAUGGAAGCGCUACCUGAGACAAAGGGGAAGGGAGUUUUGAUGUUUGCCCAGCGUCGCAAACGGAUGGAUGAAAUUGUGUCAGAGCAUGAAGAACUGAGGAGUAAAGGAUUACCUGUGGAGGCAAUAACAGAACCUGAAUGUACAGAAGCACAGAAUGUUUAUGACACGAAGGAAAUGUAUAUGCAUACUGAUCAGGCCAACUACAUGGAUGCAAGUCACAAGCAGCAUGCAGAAUACCAAGAAAAUAUUCAACAGAUGAACCACCUAGCCAAUGUGCCAAGACCCCUGGUGCCAAACAGAACUGCAAAGCCCUUCCUAGGACAUCAAGAUGGCACAACUGCUCCUAUCAUGGCUGGUGGCAUUGCGCCAGCGACAAAGAAAAGUGAACCAAGAUUCAAAGUACCUGUGCCUAUUAACACUAACCCACAGGUGUGGUCCCCAACUGGAGACAUCAUAGCCUCCAGAGAUGAGCGAAUAUCUGUCCCAGCAAUCAAGACAGGCAUCCUACCUGAGUCAAAGAGGAAAGGCACUAUCAAACAACCCUCAACAAUGCGGCAAGAAUCAGAUCCUCAUCUUCAAAGUAAAGGGGAAAGGAGGUCUUAUAUUGAGUCAGAGGAAGACUGUUUUAGUCUUGGGGCUGAAGCUUGCAAUUUUAUGCAACCCAGAACAAUAAAACUCAAGAAUCCCCCUCCAGUUGCCCCAAAACCUACCAUCAACCCUGCCUACCCACCUUGGAUGAGCAGGAGUCCCUCUGGUGAGCCAUAUAUUCCACCAAGAAGUCCGGUUUCACAGCCUUCUCAGAGUUCUGGGGGGCCUCAUAGUCAGCAUUACUCACAGCAGCAAGAUUGGGCUCAGCCUCAACAGAUGGCCAACCGUUGGGCACCAGAUCAAACUCAGGCAACACUUCAAACACCUGCCAGUGCUUGGGCUCCGGUCAACUCCUCUUCUCAGCUUCAUCCUCAGCCAACCACAAAUAGCUGGAGUCAACAGCCGCCCCGAUCCCCUGUGAGUAUGCAGGCCCACAGUCCUACUUACAGCCCGCAUCACCCACCUUCACCCUCAAGGAAUAAGUCAGGCAGUGUUCCAAACUCUGUUGCCUCUUGCCCACCACAAGCAGGGAAGUCAUACAUCCACGCAUCAAAAGCAUCGCAGGCUUCUCCAAAGGGUCAAGUCAGAGGUAUUCAUCGGGCUGGUGAUGGUCCAACUAUGGCGGGAAAAGGUGCAGAGUUGUUUGCCAAAAGACAGUCCCGUAUGGAGAAGUUUGUUAUUGAUGCUGAAACAGUACAAGCUAACAAAACAAGAUCCCCCUCCCCAACCUCAUCACUCCCAAACUCGUGGAGGUAUUCUUCCAAUGUUCGUGCCCCACCCCCUUUAUCAUACAAUCCCCUUCUUGCUCCUUUCUACCCUCCAUCAGCAACCAAGCAACCCCCUUCCAAAAGCCCCAAAGUCAAGCCUAAGACUAAAGAAAAACCUAAAGCAUCCCCAAAGCACCUAAAUGCCUUAGAUAUAAUGAAACAUCAGCCUUAUCAGUUGGACUCAUCACUGUUCAAGUAUGAGGCUGUCCCUGAGGCCAAAAGCCCCAGCCCCAAACCAACUCUAGUGUCAAAGUUUGAGGUUACUAAAAACCUUAAACAGAGAGCUGCCUCUUCUCAUUCUCCUUAUAAUGCCUCUGAGCUUGCUGUUCAGGGCAAGGCAGAAGCCCCUGCUAAGUCUUCAGCAUCGGUAAGUUCCCAAAGUUCUUCUGCCCGCCAAAACACAAGAUCACCUGAGCCUCUUGCAACUGACAAACACUUGGAUGAAAAGCGCACUGUCACACCUGCAGCUCAUCACAUAACCAACAAGCAAGCACCAAGCGCCCGACCCGCAAGCACAUCUUCCCAGCAGUCAUCUAUUGGUGACAGCAUAGCUUCAGCUUUUUCUCCUGCAUCUCUUAUUGCUAGAGGCGCACGUCAAAUGGCUCCUCGGCCAAAAUUUUCUGCUAAGAAGCCAGUAGUGACAGGCAAACAGUGGAAGCCUGUUGCUAUGCUUCAUUUGUCCUAAUACUGUAUAUGGUCAAGCUCUGGUGUAGUCAACACUGAGACGAUAGAACACCAUUACGUCUGCAACUUGCUAGCAUCUAAAAUGUCUUACUUAACUGGUGGAAAAUGAAUAGACUUUUGCACUGUCUAAAUGUAGGCCACAUCCAAAAUCACUGACAGUAUGCAGCUUCAAGGAUAUAUUUAGCUGGCAAUGUAAGGGAAACACGAGAAGGCAGUCGAAAGUACAGUGAAGCUAGUUUAAAACUGUGUGGAAUCAAUUGAAUACAAGCUAAAAUAAAUAAAUAAAUAAAUAAACAAUUUAGCAAAUUACAUCAUCUUCCUAAAACUUGGGAGGGGCAUGCGUGCUUGAAAAAGGAAAUGUGAGUCUAAAUAAUGUUGAGUGAUUCUCAGGAAUUGCUAUUACAUGUGCAAUAAUGUGUGUAGAGAACCUUGUUCAAUCAAGGUCUCUUAGUUUGACUUGUUCAUCUUUCUUUAGUUUUUUUUCUUUUAUAAGAAAUAAGAUUACAUUCAUUUGUAUGUAGCAGAAGUCAUCACUGACCCCAAAACUACACACAACAAUAACAUUUAUAAAUACAUUUAUUCAUCAAAUUUAAAUUUAUUUCUAAAAUAUUAUUUUCAUAAUUCUGUCAUCUGGGAUAAGAAUAACCCACAAUUAUAUUUCCAGAAAUGUUUGAAUCAUUUAGUGUGUUUGGGGAGAAACUGUCUAUGCACUUCUUUUUUUGGAUGCAAUUCCUUCAGUCUCAUUCCAAACUUUGAUGGUAUCACAACGGCUAAAAGCACUGACGUUAGUUGUGAUCCUUAACCCUGAUGACUUUAAAUGUUUUUUAUGUGGAUAUAUUUUCUGCAAUCGUCAGUUAUGGCCAGUUAGUAAACUGUCUCUGAAGUCAUCGGACAUUCUGUAUCUUCAUCGUUGAUGUAAAACGUGAACAGAAUAUCACAGAAGUUUGAGUUUUAUGUUAUUGAUUCACAUUAUCAAUACCAACUCAAAGUGAAAAUAGGAAACAGCUGUCUUGUUUGUCUCUGUCUUUGUUUUUCUGACAUACAUCUGUUUAUUGCACGUCUUGUACUCAGCACAAUCAUGCUAUUAAAUUUCUCUUUCCUCCUA